AUGGAGGAGGUGACGGAGGGGGUCAAGAACCUGGCCGUCACGGAGCCGCACAAGAAGAACCGGAUCCAGGUCUCCAACACGAAGAAGCCGCUCUUCUUCUAUGUCAACCUCGCCAAGAGGUACAUGCAGAUGCAUAACGAGGUGGAACUCUCCGCUCUCGGCAUGGCUAUCGCCACUGUGGUGACAGUUGCCGAAAUUCUGAAAAAUAAUGGCCUUGCUGUUGAAAAGAAAAUCAUGACAUCCACUGUUGAUGUCAAUGAUGAAUCAAGGGGCCGCCCGAUGCAGAAGGCUAAGAUUGAAAUAGUGCUGGGCAAGACGGAGAACUUCGACGAGCUGAUGGCCGCCGCCGCGGAGGAGAGGGAAGUCGCAGCCGCCGAGGAGGGCGAGGAGCAGGGCUAA